AACCGAUUCAACUUCCUCCUUCCCCCCCUUCAAUAACUACCAAAAAACAACAAUGGCGGCCUCCUUCCCUCUCCUCUCCGUUCUGAUCACAUUCAUCACCACUUACUUAGCCACAUCAGCUUCCCCGGCCGCCGCGGUGGCCGCCCAGUACAGCGUCACCAGCUACGGCGCCAGGCCCGACGGCAGGACCGACUCCACCAGGGCUUUCCUCGCCGCCUGGAACAAAGCCUGCAGCUCCCCGUCUCCGGCCACCAUCUACGUCCCCGCCGGAACGUUCUACCUCAAGAACGUCGCCUUCCAGGGCCCAUGCAAGUCCACCUCCAUCGCGUUCCUCGUCGACGGCACCCUCCUCGCCCCGUCCGAUUACGGAGUAAUCGGACCCGUCGGGAACUGGAUCAUGUUCCAUGCCGUCGAUGGUGUCACCGUCUCCGGUGGCACCCUCGACGGCCAGGGCAAGGGCCUCUGGGCCUGUAAGGCCUCCGGAAAGUCCUGCCCUCAGGGCGCCACGACCUUGGAAUUCAGCAAUUCGAAGAACAUACAGAUCAACGGCGUAGCAUCACUGAACAGCCAGCUGUUCCACAUCGUGAUCAACGGCUGCCAGAACGUGAAGGUACAGGGCGUACGUGUGACGGCCGCAGGGGAUAGCCCCAACACGGACGGGAUCCACGUGCAGGAAUCCAACGGCAUGACGAUCCUCAACUCGCGGAUCGGGACGGGUGACGACUGCAUAUCCAUUGGGCCUGGGGCGACCAACCUGUGGAUCGAGGGCGUCUCUUGUGGGCCGGGCCACGGGAUCAGCAUCGGCAGCCUGGGUAAAGAAUUCCACGAGGCCGGGGUCCAGAACGUGACCGUCAGGACCGUCACGUUCACGGGGACGGAGAACGGCGUCAGGAUCAAGUCGUGGGGCAGGCCCAGCACCGGGUUCGCGAGAAACGUGCUGUUCCAGCACGCCGUUAUGAAUAACGUCCAGAACCCGAUCGUGAUUGACCAGAACUACUGCCCGGGGGAGAAGAACUGCCCCGGUCAGGAUUCCGGGGUUAAAGUGAGCGACGUUACGUACCAGGACAUUCACGGGUCGUCGCAGACGGAGGUCGCCGUUAAGUUCACGUGCAGUAAGGCGAGCCCUUGUACUGGGAUCAGGAUGGAGGAUGUGAAGCUUAGCUACAAGAAUAAGGUGGCCGGAUCGUCGUGUCAGAACGCCGACGGGACGGCUUCCGGCGUCGUUCAGCCAGGGAGCUGCUUGUAGAGAGUGGAGGCAGGCGAGCAUGGACACAUGGGAAAAAGUUGACGGGCGGCUGAAGAUUAUUCAUAUAUUUAUAUAUACAUAUAUAUAGGUUUAUACUCUAUACAACAAAAUAUAUAUACUUGCAAAGGGGAAGGAUAAUUUUCCAUAUAUAGUUAUACUUUACACAAAGUUAUGGUUUGUAAUAAUAUAAGUUAUUAUUGAUUAUAUGAGAGGUAAUUGGGAUGUUAUAGAUUGGUACUGGUUUAGAAGUGUGAGUUCACGUGUUUGACCUAUUUCGAGGCUAGUUGUGAUGUUUUUCGAAGACACUAAAAUAGGAUCUUAGUGGAUGGCCUAAACGACUCAAGCAGGUGAGCCCGCAUAUUUGAUCUCACUCCGCCAUCACUCAAGCUGUGUGUGCGCUGGGA